AUGAACGCGGCUACGUACUUUACGACCUAUCGGUUUUUUGUUUUCGUCUUCUCGAUCAUCUGCAGUAUCGUCAUGGGCAGUGUUGCAGCUUGGAAUCUGACUAUUGCAAUGGACAUCGAUGCCCUUCCUGCUAUUCAUGUUGACGCAGUUCUCAUUGCUAUCGGUGUUGCUAGCCUGCUUUUUGUCCUUUCUAUGCUUGUGAUCGAUUUCCUCCGCAAGGAAACGGUGACUCGACAAGUCUGGUUUGAGUGUCUGUGGGUUGGGCUUUUUGCACUUCUCAGCCUAGCUGCCGCAGGCGCUGUCACCACUACGUUAAGCAGCAUGGAAUGUGUCACUUUCGAUAAAGCCGGUGUGAUUACACUGGGGCCCUGUGUAUCAGUGGACUUGACAAUUGCUUUUGCGUGGGCGGGUGCUAUCAAUCUGAUCCUGUACAUGUGCAUACUCGUUGUCAUCACUAUUCUUCACCAGCGCCUUGAUCCGCUUAUUUGGAAGACCAACACACGCGAUUGCUCUUGGUUCUCUGUCAAAUCGGCUCUGGGCAGUGAACCGUCGUCUCCGAAACAAGCUGCUCCCAAGUCGUUGAAUGUCCGGCGUCCCAUGCAGACGGAGUUUUCCAAGCGCUUAGUAGCCCGUCGCGAGCGCGACCUUGAGAAGCAAGGGCCAAUGGAGUCUGUACCUACUCCAGCUUCUACUGUGCCUGCGACCCUCCAGGUACCCCCAAAGACAGCUCCCAUUCUUCGACCAUCACUGGACCGUUUACGUCCUUCGUUGGAUCAUGCUCGUCCCUCCUUAGACCAUCCCCGUCCUUCCAUAGAUCGUGCUCGUCCUUCAUUGGAUCAUGCUCGACCUUCGAUGGAUAACCCCGUUCCCGAGCGACCACCUUGGACACCACGGAAGCUACAGUUGUCUGCUGUCCCAGCUUCGUCUGUCCAGGCGGCCACCUCCGAUGUCCCUCCCUCGUUAGGCGCUGCAGUCCCGUCUACCUCUCUGCCGUCGGUAUCGCAGAGCAAAUCCAUACGCAAGCCGAGGAUCCUCCGGCUGCACAGGCCCCCCUCAUUGGAUUUAUCUCAGAUUAUCAACAACCGAUGA